AUGUCUCGCCGCUGUAUCAUUCACAAUCUCUUUAAUUGCUGCUUCAAUGGCAGUAGCUUAGACUCUGAGCACUCAGUUCAAUCAGUGCAUUCAGAGCACAAUGAGCAUAUUGAUCCCGUACCAAUUCCCCCUCCGGCACCUAUCCACCGUGUUCCUACUUCUACUCCUAUUCCUAUUACUGGUGCCCCUCUCCCCCCUGCCCCUCUACCUGAGUCUCCCGUUGGCGACGCAAAAAUCUUCCAAGCCCGUGGAAAAGCCAUUCGAGAAUGGAUCGACAAUCCAGACGUGGGCGGUUGCCACAUAGGUCCAUCCACACUAACAUAUGCCGACGUAAUUAUCUGUGAUGACUGGAGUACGUUCGAGGUCCGGUACGAAAACCCUGGAUUCGACUUUGAAGGAAAGAUUAAUGAAUUCUUGGCAGGGACGAAUAUUGCCCCAGAAGUCUUUGGGCCAGAACAGCCCAACUAUCGAUGGUAUAAAUUGAAAUCUCGGUUUGUCGGCUGGGCUGGGUAUGUAUCAGAUGGGGUAAUGAUCCUCGAAAAUUUACACCGAGUCCCAGAUCAUUUGGCUGGUGAUUGUGAGGGGAGAAUUAAUGUCAUUCACAUUUCUCAGAUCUCGCAGGCCAUCUAUCAACGUGAUUUCAACUUGGAUGAACUAACCUGCAUAAUUGGUAGUGGAAUAAUUAAUGAGGAGACACUCGCUUAUGCCCAUGAGCACCUGUACCCUUCACUGAAUCUUGAAUGGCAUGAUCAUACGCCUUGGACUUACGAAUAUGGGAUGCCACAAUAUGAUGCUCUGGUGGGUACUCGUAUAGGGAAGGUUGUCGCAUACAUUGUACUGGGAGCCUUUCCACGGGGGACUCGUCGGAUUUCUCAAAUUGUUAUGCAAACUGGUUGGGUUGGGGCUUCUCUUAACAUGCGCUUCGAUUUUGAGCGCAUUAAUUGA